AUGGGCUACGGGUUCGUAGAGUACGAGAGUGCAGCAGCAGCAGCAGCAGCAGCAAAGCAGCUGCAAGGCUUGGUGAUAGACGGGCAUCUGCUGCAGGUGUCUUUGGCGAAGCCCCGCGCCCGCAGCAGCAGCAGCAGCGGCAGCAGCAGCAGCAGCAGCAGCAGCAAAAUCGUCGUCAAAAACCUCGGCUUCGAGGCCAGCAGCAAAGACUUAAGAGACCUCUUUUCUCCUUUCGGGGAAAUUGUCUCAGUUCGCAUUCCAAGGAAUGCAGCAGGGAGCAGCAGAGGCUUUGGAUUCGUCACUUUUGCUGCUGCUGCUGCUGCUGCUGCUGCACUCGAAGCCCUCAGCAGCACCCACUUGUACGGCAGAAGGCUAGUUCUCGAAUAUGCAGCCACAGGGGUACAAACAACUCUACACAGGGGGCCCCCGGGGGGCCCCCCAGGGGGCCCCCCCGAGGAGCCCCCCGGGGGGCCCCCAGGGGGUAAAGGGCCCCCAGCCUGGGGGCCCCCAAGAGGCUUCUAA